CGGCAACUUUAUUAAGUCGCGUUCGCAAUUUUUUUGGCACGUCACAGCCGCGUCAUCAUGUCUCCGUGUCUGCUUUUAUCGUUCGGGAUUUAAUAUAUUUGGCAUUAUCACAUCUUAUCGAAACGUUUUUAUGUGGACUGUAAAGUUUAGACUGUUGAGGAUAAAAAUUUAAGAUGGAGUUGUUAAGGCAGGUGUCUCAUACACAGUUCCUGUUCCCCGCAGCAGCUGUGGCGGUUGUUUUAGUAUGCGCAGCUCUCGUAUUUAUAUUCGGUUUCCACACGGCGGAGCAGCCCCAAUUCGACAAGCUACCGCUGGUCGUGGACGAUAGGAAAUCGUCCAAUAAGAAAAGAAAAACCAAGGAGAAGACUUCUCCUAACCGCAUUUCAAAUGAUGAUGCAAAGUCAAAGAGCGAAAGUGCUAAAAAAUCACCAGUGAAGGAGAAAAAAGAAGAGAAAGUGAAAGAUGUGGAAAAGCCCAAGCCCAAAGAGAAGGUCGAAGUUAAAGUCGCUAAGAAAGAAGCACCCGCUGAAGCUAAAAAGGGAAAGAAAAAGGCUGUAGUUGAUGCGGAGAAGCCAGCAGAUUUUGAUGAUGGCCUGUGGCAGGAGGUGCCAAAAAAGAGUGACAAGAAGAAAGUAAAGGGUCCAGAAGAGAAAGAUAAGAAGGAAAGUCCAUCUAAGAAGAAUAAGAAGAAAGUGAAAGAUGCAGACACUGAAGUUGCCCAGCCUGAACAGAAGGAAGAGGCUAUUGAGACCAUCAGGGUGCUGAGUGCAGAGGGCCCGGAAGUAGAUGAGGACUCUGCUAGAGCUUUGCAGGCUCAGGUUGAAGAGCUCCAGAGAGUCCUUAAGGAGGCAGAACUCCGUGACCAGGCUCUGCUCGGCACCACUGAUGAAGAUGACGGCACAGAGAAUGAACUAACCGAAGUCAAGGAUCUCAGGAGCAACAAGAAGAUGGAAAACAAAGAGAAACAGAUCAAGAAGAAGGCUAGUGAGGCACCCACUGUAGCCAAAUCUGUGAAGGCAGAAGAGAAGGAGAGUCCUGAUACUUCAGAGAAACAAGAUUACAAACCGGCCGGCCCAGUUUUUGAUGAACUUGGAGAUACUUGGUCAGAUGCGAAAGUAUCUAAAAAGGGCAAAAAGAAGGCGCGCAAAGAGUGAGGUUUGACAUGGUCCGGGGCACUCCCGCUAGCUCAAUGCCAUUCACAUCACUCCUAAAACUACAAAUGUGAACACAAUGAUGAAUUGCCAAAUAAGUACAUACAUUACUGUUUGGUCCAUACU